CAGAGCUGCUGCCAAGCAGGCGAGACCUUUUUCUGAGUCUGACAAAAGACGUGUUAAAAGUUCUCAGAUUAGUCUAGAACUUACCAGAACUGAGACGGCUGAGAUGUGUGUCAGCGUGUGUGCUGCUGUGGCUCUUUUGGUUUUUUUCCCUGGAAGUCUGGCCCUGGACUUGCUGAGAGCAACUGCAACAUCAGGAGAUCCCCUCUCCAUUCCCAAAGUUCACUGUCGGUGUUCCAGUUAUCCCAAUGGGGCUCUUUGCUCCUGGUCUCAACCUGCCGCUUCCCCACCAACACACUACAUCGCCACCUACAGAGAGAGACACGGGCACUCGAGCACCAAGAUGUGUAACAUCACCUCGUCUGGUUCCUCCAGCCCGUUCCCGGACUCGGAGCAGCAUUGGCACUGUCACCUGCCCAACCUGAAACUCCUCACUGACUACAUAAUCAACAUCACUGCAGUCCAUUCUGGCGGCAGCAGCAAUUUUCUGGCUAGUUUUAUGUUGGAGGAUAUCGUGAAACCAGAUCCUCCCGUAAAUGUCCGAGUUUCUCAUCACAAGUCCAGAAACUUGUUGGUGGAAUGGUCUCCUCCCCCAACGUGGGCGAGUCAGCAUAUCUUCCCCCUGAAGUACCAGAUACUGUACCAGUGGGAACACAAAGGCUCGUCAAAGUCUGUCAACCUGGGCCCAUUUGAAAACACCAAGAUUGAACUGAAGGGGCUGAUUCCAGGGAGGGCUUACCAGUUCCAGGUGUGUGCCAGGGAGCUGCUGGGUUUGGGACACUGCAGCUCCUGGAGUUCACCUGUAAACAUCAUCAUUCCGAGGACAAAAGCGUAAACGCAACAAUGACUUUCUUACAUUACAUUUCUGUAUUUGCCUGCCGCUAAGCUAACAUGGAGUUAGAAAAUAUAUUUGUUUAGUUCAUUCUCCAGCUGUGUUCCAUUUUGAGGUAAUAAGGGUGACUAAUUGUUUGGUUUCAAACCCGCGUUUCUGCAAAGCUAGACAGUGUCUGAGUUUCUUUGCUGCAUUUAUUGUAUUAACAAAUGAAAAAAAAAGUAUCCUGUUUUAUUUAAUAUUUACUGAUUCCGUCGACGUUGUGGUAUUUAUUUAUUUAUAUUUUUUAAAUAAAUUUGAAACAGCGUGUAAUACUUCCGUUAUUUGGGUUAAUUUUGUGCUUAAGCAAAUCCUUUUGUAAUGUUCUUGUAUUUGAACUGAACAGUAUUGUAUUUUGACUUUAAUAAUUGCCUUCAUUUUGAGGCAGAUUUAUGCUGUAUAUUUUCAUUUUGUAUUAAAAUUAGCAU